AUGUACGUUUCAAAUCCAAAUGGCUUCCAGCAACAGAACCAUAACGCAGGUUCUUGGCAAGAGGCUGACAAUGCUCGUUUAUAUUCGAGCACAACAGUACAAAACACUGAGAUUGGAAUCUACAGUAGCAACUCCAACAAUUUGCACAGCAAAGGAAUGAAUGGACAGCCAAAGAAGCGUGUUGGAUUUGCUCCUGCUCAUGAAGACAUAACACUGAAAGAGAACGAAUAUGGAGACGGUGACAACGCUUUGGAGGAAGAAACAUCGUCUAUCAGGUACGAGGCCGACCGCAUCGCACAGAGGUUGAUGCAGACAGAGCAAGAACUGGACAGGCUGAAGAAACAAGGAGAUCUCAUCGGCGAGAGCCUUCGAAAGCAGAAGCUCAUGGACGUUGAUUCCUUGCAAGAUUAUUACACCGGACGAACGAAUGUCAACCAUGCAGAUCCGAGACUUGAGCAGCAUCAACCAUCAAACCUAUUCAGAGAGGAAUUGUCCCCGACAAGUGCUACAGGAAACACGCCUGCCGUGACUUUCCCUGCCGGCUCCAGCAACAAUACAUGGACGGAGCCAAAGCCGAACGAGAUGGAGGAUAGCAUCAACAGUAUGAAUGAGGAACUCAAGAAGACGAUGAUCAGCGAUGAUGAGUGUCAAUCACUCGGGCUUCCGAAGGGCACCAUGUGGUUCGAUGGAAGUGCAGCGCAAAUGCAAAUGAUUCAGCAGCAGCUAGCGGAAUCUCAGGCUCAAAAUGGGGAUAGAAGCCCUUCCAAAUCGAAUUCGGCUACCAUGCUAUCGAUUCCGCGUCAAGAAGCAAUCCAACAUUUCCAUCAAAUCAAUCUCUCUCCAGACAACUGCUCUCAGAACGAUCUUUUGAUGACGUAUAAGAGACUGGCACCACCUUUGCACCCUAAUGUCCAAGGCUCUCCGGACAAGCUUCAACACCUUACUGAUUCUAUAAGAAUUUGCGAAGGAUAUCUUGAAUGGCAAAAGCAGGGUUCUCAAGCCUCGGAGUCCAAGAUAUUAUAUGCAAAGGUAGAGGCAAUGACUUAUUUCGAUCAAGUGUUCUUCGCUCAGGCCAAGCAUGCGAACAUCAAGGUGAAUCUGGGCGUUUCCUUGGAGGACCUUUUGAACGGUCACAGCGCCGUCUUCGAGUUCGAGCGGAAGGCUCACAAUAUUGGUGGAGAGCCCGUGCAGGAGCGGUGUCAGCUGCAAGUCGACGUAGUUCCAGGAAUGCGGAAUGGCACUACUUUCACGUUUCCGUGCGAGGGAGAUGAUGCACCAGGCUACAUUCCUGGAGAUGUCAUCGUGAUCCUUUCUUUGGAACAAGCGGACAACUUGAAUUGCGUAGGAGAUGAUGUUGAGACGGAGAUAACUAUUCCACUUGUCGAUGCAAUCUUCGGUGUCAAUCUUGGUACUGUAAAUAGUCUUACCAACGAGCCUCUUGCAAUCCAUUUGCGUGAACCACAAGUGAUCCAACCAGAAACAAAAUUUCGAAUUGCCGGUGAAGGCCUACCAAAGCAAGAGAAUCCGAGUGAGCGUGGGGACCUCAUCGUGAAGAUUCAUGUCAGCAUACCGCAACCGCCCGUCUCUGAAGAAGACAGGAAUGCUUUGGCAAACCUUCUCCAGGACGGAUCACCAACGAACAAGCGACUUUCUGUUACAGGAGCAAGGCCUAUCGAGCUUUUGAAAGCCUGA